AAUGGCAGUGAUGGAUUCAGGUCUAAUGAGACGGAUUCUGAGAAGAAGGAAUUCCUUUUCCAUAAGACGCAAGGGUACGAAAAAGGCGCCAAAGAUUUUAGUAAACGACAUUCCCGAGAACCGUCGCCCAUCAGAUGUAGGACAGGGUGACCAGGCAAAGCCGCUGGAGAAACAAUCAUACGCCUGCUCAGCUGACAACGUCCAGUGUAGCUCCUCAGAGGAUGUGAGUGGUCGACGUCUAGACCAGCCAUCACGGAGUUGUGUCAACCUACGGGGCGGCUACAAAGACGGAGGGGAGACUGUCCAGCGGUAUGGAGGUCCGCCCAGGACGCAUCUAAGUCCGGACGACGCCUUUAACUAUUACAGCACGGACGAAUACAAGAGUACAGAGAGUCUGAAUUACGAUGAGGAUUAUGUAGAGGCUGGUUUCAGGCCGAGAUCGAACACACAACCUGAGAAUAAAGGUGAUGAGAAUUGCAUUGAAAAGUUCAAAAUGAGUUACAGAGCUAAAGCGUUGAGUAGUGGGGAUGUGUCCUCAGUUGACGAGAUCCGUAAGUCUCCGAAGAACCAGCGUAGGCGAGCGACGGCCGAGUCCUACAGCUCAGCUACGUUACCAUCGAAAUUAAAUAUUAAUGAUUUAAAGAAACAAAUGGCAAAUGAAGAGCACAGAUCGAGUGAGUUUGACAUCGUCGGCCAGACCAACAGCGCGCGAUAUCCCUGGCAACGGGACAUAGGAAUACAGUGUACAUUUUUCGACACGGCGCAUGUGCACAGCAUGAACGGAAAUGGGCAUACUGUGUCCGUGUCGUCACAUGACUCGUUCAACAAUUCUGACGCGACCUUUUCGGAUAACAGCGGAAAGCCUCCGACGCCUGUGCCGAAACCGCGCGUACGGAAAAAGCGAAAAGGAAUACUAUCACUAGGGCGUCCGAAGUCUAUUGGCUCGACUGAUGAUAUUGAGCACCAAGAAAAGAACACCAAACCAGAGCAAAAGCCGUCAAAGUUUGAUAUUAAGGGACAGAGACCGCAUUCCGUGCACCUGCCAAGCGAGAAGACACAGGAUUAUGGUAAUUUCACGAGAUCUUUCUCGGAAACAUUGGAGUUUAACAAGGAUAGAAUGCGGCGGCGACGGCCGAUUAUUCCCGCGGCAGACUUUGAGAUGGGGGAACUCCUUCUGAAUGGUGAUGAUGACGACGAGUAUGAGAGCAGCCAAAACCAAAAAAGACGAAGUACGGAAAGUUCACCGCCCGACAGUCCCCCGAGCAGGCGAAGAAGUCGGAAUAGCCGGUUAAAGCUCCGCCAUCACAACUCUGACCCCACCGCGGAGUUCCUUGGUGUGGAGGACGAGUUCACCGGCCAUGAGGUGCUCUCGUCUCCCAGGGUGUCGCCGGUGCCUUGGAUGAACGUACCCGAGCUCAUCAUCACACAGACACAAGACAAUCAAAGAAAGCGGACAUCAGCCGUCACAGGAAGCGAGCAGAAUCUGCUACGAGUCCCAAGACAGCGUAAACGAAACAAGGAGAAAACUAACAGUAAGAAACAGAAACCAAAAGCCGAAUACGAAAAAGUGUUGACCCGUCGUGCUAGUAUUGGAAGUAUCCACAGUACAUCAGAAGACAGUGAUGAUGAACCUUCAACUCCACCAGUUGCUAGGAGGGGAAGGAGAGCAGCAAUAUACGAAUCAAAGACAUUUGGAGACGUUUCACCGACGAGCGUGUCACCGGAGGUGUCGCCAGCAAACUCAUGUGAUGAGAGCGAAGACUCACAAGGACAAGGCCACUCGCGGUUACGGCGGAGGCGUAGUUCGGUCGACCUCGGGAUGCAGGUGUACCCCGGUGACCUCCUCAUGCAAGAACAUCACAAGAAAAUACUGACAAAACGAAACACAAUAGCUGACUUUGCCAGCACCAAAAGUCUUCAUCACGGGUCAACGGUCAGUCUCGCGGACCAGAACGACCCAAAGAAAGUCAAGAAUUCCUUUUCCUUUCUGAAGCUCAUUGAUAAAAAGACCCGCUCGAAGGAAUGUUUAGCGGAGCUGGAGGAAUCAUUGGGGAAACUGAAGGGGUCAGAGUUCAAGGACAACCAUCUAGCAAGCUAUAAGGAUGUGCAUUGGUCCGAUCUGAUAGCUAGUCGAGACGAACAAGGGGACCCGAUGAGGAUCUCAGAAACCGAGCGGAAAAGACGGGAGGCAGUCUGGGAGAUAUUCAAGAGUGAACUGAUCUUUCUUAUUGAUCAUUUAAUGGUGCUAAAACAUUGUUUCAUGGAGCCGAUGAAACAGUUACAAGUUGACGGACAUCUCAUGUAUAGCGAGCCUCAGGAUUUGUUAGGAAACUUGGAUGAACUUUGUUACGUUAGUUAUACAUUCUGUCGCGAUUUCAUCUCGUUAUUACUGAAGGAUAUGAGUCCAUCCAACUUCGGGAGCACGUCCGUACUUGUUAAGGCCUUUAAAAGGUUUGCUCAACAUUCCAAGAACGGUGAGGUCUAUCAUACCUACUGCCUCAACUACACCAAUGCACUCAACUACCUGGAGCAGAUGAGGAAGAACGAGGACUUCUGUGAAUUUGAAAAGUGGUGCGAGACGGAUCCGCGAUGUAAGCGGUUGCAGCUGACAGAUCUCCUAGUGGCUCCAAUGCAGCACUGCACCAAGCUCCCACUCUUACUCAACAACAUAAGGAAAUACACCACAGAUCCUGACGAGAAACAGCAGUUGACGGAGUCAUUGAGCAAAACGGAAUCAUACUUAAAAAGCUUAGAGGAGAAGAUGCGAUGGCUCAAGAACUUUGAGAGGGUACAAGAGAUCCAGCACCAACUCGUAUGGCAGCCCAUCCACGAGAUGGAUCCCAGGGUUUACAUACCGGAGUUCCUCAAACACACUCUUGGGCGACAACCAUGUGAGCGGUUACUGGCAAGUCCCAAGAGGCAACUGAUACACGAGGGACAGCUUAUGAUGAUGGAGAGUUCCAAACCAGCUGACGUGUUUGUGUUCCUGUUCGACGAUAUCCUGUUGCUGACCAAGACCAAGGGGAGCAAGCCAACCAGGAAGAAAUCGUCGAUCGCGGCGCCACCAGCAGACACCAUGACUCCUUCCGGUACCAAUAAGGUGCAAACUGACCAAUCGCUGAUCGUCUACAAGCAGCCAAUCGCCCUUGACCGGUUCACAAUACACGAUGUAGGACACCACGAAGCGUCAGUGAAUGGUUUGAAACAUGCAUUUGUAUUGGUGCAGAUUAGCCGAUUUCAACAGAUCAUUGGUGUCUAUACCCUGCAGGCAGCAACUGACGCCAUUAAGGCGACGUGGUUGCAGCACCUUCGAGAGGCUAAGGAGAGAUACAAAGACAAGAUGAUGCAUGCACAGCAAGACGAUGGGAAGAACAAGAAAAAGUCACCAAGGAUGCUGCUAAAGCAUCUGAAUCUUCAUCCAAAUCUCACACACCUUAAACAACAUCAGCACAAGAAGUCCGCAUCCAUAUCGCAGUGCCAAGAGCCCACCGGCAGACAGAGCCCACCAACACCCAAGAAUACAAGCAGUCCGUCAUCAAGCAGUCCCGAGGAAGUCCGGGCGAACCAUGUGCAACACAACGGCGAACGGAACCACCUCCCGCCCAGGUCGCCUUCACAGAAGAACUCGACUUAUUCCAGUCCUCAACGGCAGGAAUCCAUGCCAAUGCAGUCGACGCCUCCACUCACCCCGCCAAUGGACUCUCCUCUCAUGUCACCCUUGCCCCUAACGAUCACGAACUCGUUGGACGUUCAACACACGAUAGAAGAAGACUCGACGAGACCUCGGCCACCGAGGCUCCAGCAUUUGAAGAACUGCCAAACGAAAUCUAAGUCAAUAGAUACGGUGUAUCUAUGAUUGAGGCUGGUAACAGAUUCUAUCAGAGUCUAAUCAAGUGGCAAUGACAUUUUACUAAGUGCAUUCAACGAUACUUAUACAGGAGGAUUUUCGAAUUCUGAAAUGGAUAAAUUCUCAAAACCUGCUCUCUAUGCUGCUCCCAAACAUUGGUACUUUAGCUAUGACCAAUCAGUGAGACCCUUGAUGGAGCUGACCUGGCGUGACAGGUCAAAUGUGCUCUUAUACGGCUGAUGUGUUCAUUGACGUUUUUCAGUUACCGAUGUGCACGCGGUUCGACAAUGGCUGAUGUGAUUAUUUCUAUUUCAGGGAAAACUAAAAAACUAUUUUGGUUUUUCGCCGGAAGAGUAAACAUUACCAAGUCAUAUCAUCAUAAUGGUUUGGACUCCGUAUAGUAAGCAUGGAUUAUUGUACAAAUAAAGAACAAAACAUAAUCAGUUGUGCGGCAUUGUAAAAAAGUGUGGUACAUGUAAUUUCAUCCUGUGAUCAACUACAACCACGUCCCUUCGUGUUGUCCAGCAUUGCUUCUCAUACAAAAAGUAACCAAAGGAUGCAGGCUGUAGUUUGUGGGGACUGUUCUUCAUUUAUCACCGAUCUUGUGUAAAUCAUCCAUGACGUCACAGCAAGCGAAAUUGCGUCAAACGUAUGCAAUUUUGAUUGAAAAGAUGUAAAUAGACCGGGAACGAACUGUGAUAAUGCUGUAUUGUAAAUAGCCCAAUAUACUCCCCAAUUUCGUGGGGACUCUAGUUUUAUGUGAGCAAGUUGUACUCCUAUGCCAGACUUUACGUGAGUGUCAAAACCUUCCUUAGGUCAUUUGUAAAAUGUGUACCCAAUGAACUGGUGCUCGGAGGAGUUUAUUAUCAUCAAUGACUUCUUCUGUUAUAUGACUUAUACAUAGAGAGACUGAGUCACAAUCAUAGUUUCCGCUCCUUAAUGUAUCUUUGUGAUAACUGUCAUUCGGUGUAUAGGCCCUCAGCUGACAUAGUGUGUAUUAUUUUAAAGGAAGUGACUACUUGGCAAGCCCGGCUUACCAAACAGCGACUUUUCUUGUCCUGAAUGGAGAGCCGAACUCAUUAAUAUUAAAGUAAAGUCUCCAGCUCGCCAAACAGGGUAGAUUUUUUACCUGUUUGGCAAGCCCGGCUGGCCUAACAGGGUGGCUUUUUAGUGCUGUUUGGCAAGCGGCUCUCCAAACAGGACAAAAAAAGAUGCCUGUUCGGCGAACGGCUUGCCAAAUAGACCCGGCCUAUUUUAAAAGUGAACAGAUCUCCAAAUUGUACUGAAACACAUACUGUACCUGCGGGUUAAGGUGUCAGAAUGUCCCGUUACAAAAUGGUUGGCUUGAUGUGCUGAUAUGUCAGGAAUAAUACACCGCAUGGGAGGCUUUACCGGUGUGAAUCUGUCAUUCUGGCUUGCAUUUCCGUUAAUUGGGUCAUUAAAUGUCACUCUGAAAGGGCAGCCUUACCUGAGAAUAUAGUUAGAGAUGUCAGAUGAAAUAUGGUACAUGUAGUAUGUUUUGUAAGUUACGCGGGUACGGAUGGGCCAUGAUGCAAAUGAACGGUGUAUAGUCUAAUUGUGAACCCAAAGGUCUGUCCUUCUCCUAAGCCAAUGACAGUGUGUGCUGAUGUCCGAUAUUUCAUAAUGCGGGUAAUCCAAAUGUUGUGAUGUUGUAUCUACGUUAUGUUUACCAUAUAUUUUUUAUUGGCAAAGAAUCCCAAAAAUAUGUUAUCCGUACUGCUGUCAUUUACGAAGCUAUCGAAAAAAUACAAGUACUAAAGUUAAUCAGUGGCCUCAAUUGUCAACAGCUGCAACUGUCUUUAAGUUCGAACAACUUCAUUGGUGCCGACCCAAUUGUUUGGCACACAGAAAGAAAGUUACUUUAACCAAAAGUAAAGAAAAGAAUAUCAAUCGAAUCUUGUCUUGCAAGGUAUACACGUACGUGUUUCAAGCUGAUCUCAAAAGACCAAAUUGACUUUGACUGGGUUGAUUUUCUUGGAGAAAUAGUGGUUUCAACUGGAUACAACUGCCAAGGACUGAGCUUGGGACCCUUUCAACAGCGUCAAAGCAGGUUCAUAAGCUUGGAAUCACCACCAUAUUUCUAAAACUCUCGCCAUUUUCUAGGCAAGAAGUUUUGUACACAUAUCAUUACAUAUCGAAUAAACUCGGAGACAUGUUCACCCUUUGUUAAAGCUGCAUCCUGUCAUGAAUGUACAUUUCGUAUGAUGUAAUAAUUGUUCAAGAAAUCCUUCUGUUACUGUUUCUGUGUCUUUCCUGGAAGAAAUCAGAACUGGCAUACCUGGUGCUCUUUGACGUUAACUUCUCCUUGUUGCGAGUUUUUGUUGUAAAUGACCAAGGGUCACAAUGAGGGGCUAUUUUAGACCGCUGGUGACGAUGGUCUAAUGAGUCAAAGAUGGUUGGCUUGGAUCCCGCUCACCUCACUGCAGCCAACUAGAUGUAGUAUCACAGUCCCUUUUUGUUUAGGCAGGUUAGGUAAUAUCGAUCGUCUGUUCGUUCUCUCCAAAAAGCAAAUCGGUAGAUCCUGGUAUGGAAUGGUAGGAUCGCCCCAAAAAGGACUAUUCUUUGAAAAACGGUCCCUCGAUUGCUCCAGAAGCAUUUCUUCAAUCUAACAUAUAAACCAAGUUUCGGAAUGAUUGCCUAUCGUCAUCUGAACUUCUCUCAAGUGAUCAAUAGCAUCGGGUUAUCAGUCAAGCAAGGAUUCCCGAACGACGCGUUGUCGCCAGAUCGCCAUUCCGGCGACACUUCCUUGAAACGCCCAGACACACCUCGGCUAUGCCACGGAGACACCAUGGCGUAGCGAGAGUACGAUUAGGAUCCCAGACAAGGCGGUAAUCGAAUCGGCGGAUGUCUAGGCAAAAUAACUCUGUUUUGGCGACAACUCUCCGUACGGAGCUCCUUGCCUGAAUGGUAAGACCACUUAGCCAAGCCAUCGAUAAUGGAUUACACAGGCAAAAUCUACUGAUAUCAAAGUGAAAGACUGAUGUCGAGCUUUCUUUUCUUCUGUUUUUCUUACCCAUUUGUAUUACUCUCAAAAACAAAUUAAACAAAAAAAACUUUUGAUUUGCUUCUACAUCCACAGACGUCCACCCAUUGCGCCACUGGAAUCAUGUCAGUUGUCAUUAUUCUCCGUCUGUCUAGUUGAUGAGAUGUCAAAUGGGCGUCCAUGGGUGGAUGUCACGUUAUCAAGUUGAUAUCCAGGUCCUUUGUCUGUGUAGUAGACCCAAGUCAACUGCCAUGAGUGAACAACAAGGGAAUGCGACAAGUCGUAUUUUCGUACAUUGUAAAAAUCGAAUGUUUCUAUUUUAUACGUGUUGAUGUGACGAUCCCAUCAGUGACCUGACCCUGUACGUUAACUUAUUAGGUCGUAUGUGAGUUUGUAUCAAACAUCAGUCUAUUGUAUACUCAUCACUGGGGAACUUGGAGAUUUCUACGUUUGUCAGUGGAUGUAAUAAAUAUUUAUAUUUGCA